CUGGUUGAGACACACUCAUUAUACCUGACUGCUCGGACAUGUGUGGCUCGGGGAGAGGGGCAAAGUGAGGACGGGUCUGUUUGCUGAGAGCUUGAAAGUUGGAGAGGGCAGGAGAGCACAUCCUCUACCCUGGGACUGCUCAUGGCAGGAGAGACACCCACCUCAGACUGUUCUCUUCUCAUUGACCACAGCCAUGUCCCGGAGUUUGAGGUGGCUCUGUGGGUCAAGAUCACCUUGGCCUUAAUCUAUAUCUGCAUCUUUGUCGCGGGCCUCUUGGGCAACAGCAUCACCAUCAAAGUCACCAGGAUCCUGCAGAGGAAAGGCUACCUGCAGAAGGAGGUCACUGACCACAUGGUGAGCCUGGCCUGCUCUGACCUGCUGGUCAUCCUGCUGGGCAUGCCUGUGGAAUUCUUCAGUGCCAUCUGGAGCCCCUUUUCUACCCCCAAUGGCAACAUUGCCUGCAAGCUCUACUACUUCCUCUUUGAAGCCUGCAGCUAUGCCACCGUGCUGCACGUGGCCACGCUCAGCUUUGAGAGGUACGUGGCCAUCUGCCACCCCUUCAGGUUCAAGGCUGUGUCUGGACCCCGCACGGUGAAGCUGCUCAUUGCCUUUGUCUGGGGCACAUCUGUCAUUGUGGCUCUGCCCCUGCUCUUUGCCAUGGGCACAGAAUAUCCCCUGGAGAUCAUUGAGGGCUACGAGAGAAAGAGUUCCUGUGUCAAACCUACUCCCAGGCACUACAUUCCUGAGCUGAAGCACAACAUGACCAUCUGCACCUGCCUCUCCUCCAAGUGGUCUCUGUUUCAAGCCAGCAUCUUCAGCGCCUUUGCUGUGUACAUCGUCGUGCUGGGAUCUGUCACCUUCAUGUGCCACAGCAUGAUGCAAGCCCUGAUGAUCCACAAGAAAGGGACAGUGGCAGUGAAGGGUGGACUACAGCACCAGGAGCAGUACCUAAGGAAAAGUGAAAGUUCGGAGGGCAAGAGCUCCAGGAGACAGAUCACUUUAUUCCUGGGCACAGAAGACUUGAUUUCAUUAACUUGGGAUGCAGCCAUACCCAUCUUUCAUGCAAAUGGAAAAUACCUUUCCUUCUUUAGCAAUCAAGGACUGAUCAUUGCCACUCUGGCGGUUUGCUGGAUGCCAAACCAGGUCAGAAGGAUCAUGGCUGCUGCUAAACCAAAGCAGGACUGGACCGUCCCCUACUUCAGAGCCUACAUCACCCUCCUUCCCAUCGCCGACAUCUUCUUCUACCUCAGCUCGGUGGUGAACCCGCUGCUGUACAACGUCUCCUCUCGGCAGUUCCGCAGCGUGUUCCUGCAGGUCCUGCGCUGCCGCCUCACCCUGCAGCACGCCAACAGGGAGAAGUUCCUCAGGGCCAACCAGAGCUCCGGGGCGCGGAGCAGCCGCUCCCUGCGCCCGCUGCUCUUCACGUCCUCCAGGCGCGGGUCUUCCACCAAGGGCAACACCAAAGUUGUCCUGAGCACCUUCCAGAAGGAGCCCACGCCCAGCUGCAGCCCGCGGGAGCCGGGUCCUGCACCACCAGAUCCCAGCUUGGAAACGGCGCCCCUCGAGACCGGCUCAGAGCCCGGCCAGGGCGCACAGAACGGCCUUUGUGAACACCAAGUAUGA